AUAUUGCUUGCCUUGCUAUCUUUUUAGUAAAAAACCAAACGGACGCCUUAGUUCAGAUGUUUUCAUUGCUAUAGGUGAUUGAAUUUGAAUUCUAAUUGCCCAUGAGUUGAUUUUCAUCAACAAGUUUUCACUUUAUUGAUUAUUUUCUCUACAAGUUUUAAAAGUUGGAGGAAAGUUAAUAAUGGAAAGAAUUGUGCUUUUCUUAAACACAUUGGGAAGGAUCCUUGCUCACCAGGCAAUAAUGCAGUGAGAGCUUGUCAAGACUUGUUGAAUCAAAAUUGUCAUAUUAGGAAUGUUUUUCAUGUGCAAAGCUUAGAUCAAAUUACGAAGAAUCGUUUGCGUCUCAAGACUUCAAUUGACACGGUUCGAUAUUUAUCACUUCAAGCUUGUGCUUUUAGAGGUCAUGAUGAAACUAGUGAAUCAAGGAACCAAGGUAAUUUUCUUGAGAUGAUAAAACUCAUAGCAUCAUACAAUGAUGAGGUUGCAAAAGUUGUGUUGGAAAAUGCUCCAUAUAAUUCCAAAUAUACUUCCCAUAAAAUUCAAAAGGAGAUAUUGAAUAUUCUUUCUAGUAAAGUGAAAAAUUAUAUUCGUGAUGAAGUUGGGGACUCCAAGUUUUGCAUAAUUGUUGAUGAGGCUCGUGAUGAAUCAGAAAAGGAAUAAAUGGCUCUUAUUUUGAGAUUUGUUGAUAAAAAAAGGUUUUAUACAAGAGCAAUUUUUUGAUAUUGUGCAUGUUAAAGACCCUACGACAUUAACUCUGAAGAAUGAAUUAUGUGUUGUACUUUCUCGACAUAAUUUUAAUGUUUCUAAUAUUCGUGGUCAAGGGUAUGAUGGUGCUAGUAACACGAGAGGAGAAUGGAAUGGAUUACAGACAUUAUUCUUAAAUGAUUGUCCUUAUGCAUAUUAUGUUCAUUGUUUUGCUCAUCGGUUACAACUUGCCUUGGUUGCUGCAUCAAGAGAAGUUAUUCCAAUUCAUCAAUUCUUUUCAAAAUUGACUUUUAUUGUGAAUAUUGUUUGCUCUUCUAGUAAGCGUCAUGAUGAUUACAAACUUCCAAGUUAGAUAAAAUUGCAUAUUUGUUAAAGAUUGAUGAGCUUGAAACUGGUAAAGGAGAAAAUCAAAUUGGUACUUUAAAACGAGCUGGGGAUACUCAUUGGAGCUCCCAUUUCUCUUUUAUUUGUAGCUUAAUAAAUAUGUAUGAUGCAACUUGUUCUGUUCUAGAAAAAAUUAUUGUUGAUGGAUCUACUUAUUCUCAACAUGGGGAUGCUGAUAAUGCUUACAAAAGCUUGACCUCAUUUGAGUUUAUAUUGAUUUUGCAUUUGAUGAGAGAAAUUAUGGGGAUAACAGAUGUUCUUUGUCAAGCUUUACAACAACAAUCUCAGGAUGUAGUUAAUGCUAUGCAUUUAGUUCGUUCUACAAAAACACUUAUUCAAAACUUGAGAGAAGGUUGGGAUAAGUUAUUAAAAAAUGUGACAUCCUUUUGUGAAAAACAUGAUAUUGAGGUUCCUCAACUUAGUGCUUCUUAUGUAGCAAGGCAAGGGCGCUCUCGUCACCAAAAAGAUCAUAUCACAGUGAAACAUUAUUUGAGAGUUAAAAUAUUCUUUGUUUUAAUUGAUAAGCAAUUACACGAGCUAAAUUGUAGAUUUAAUGACCAAGCAAUGGAGUUAUUAACUCUAAGCUCGACAUUGGUUCCUAAGGAUGCUUAUAAAGCUUUUAAUAUUGAAAACAUUUGCACUCUUGUAGACAAAUAUUAUCCCAUGGAUUUCAGUGAGCAAGAGAAGAUUAAUUUGCAUUUCCAACUUCAACAUUUCAUUGUUGAUGCUCGUCAAGAUUCAAAUUUGAAGAAUUUAUCAACAAUGCAAGAGUUGUGUACAUGUUUGGCAAUAACAAAAAAUUCAGAAGUUUACUACUUGAUCGAUAGAUUACUUCGUCUUAUCAUGACUCUUCUAGUUUCUACAGUUACAACUGAAAGAUAUUUUUUUGCAAUGAAAAUAAUCAAGACCAGGUUGAAAAAUAAGAUGGAAGCUGACUUUUUAGCAGAUAGUAUGAUCGUCUAUAUUGAAAGAGAUAUUGCAACAAGUAUUAGUUCUGACUCAAUUAUUGAACAUUUAAGUCAUUGAAACAGCGCAGAGCAGCACUUUAACUAAAGCCACUCCUGAAUUUUUGUCCACCUAAAAAUAAUUAUUGGCUUUUGGGUGGUUCUUUUUGCUUGACUUGCAUUGCACAAUUUUGGGUAUGUCGUGUGUAAUUGAUACUAUACAAUACAAAUAGCUUGGGCUAUGUUAGUAUAUUAUUUUGGAUCUUAUAGGAGAAAAGUGUACAACUUAUUUUGGAGUUUACUUCAAUUACUUUGGCUUGCUUCA